AUGACCGGCAGCAGACGACGACCAAGUGAGGACACAAUGUAUGAGCUUCUUUCAGAGAAACAAGGUGGAUCAGGCGGAUCAAUCCUUCCCACCAGGUCCAUCAAACGAUGGGUCAUCGCAACAUUUGUUUUGAUCGUGAUCUCCCUAAUUGAAAUUUGCGUGAUCGUAAAACUCGCCUCCCAAGACCCGCCCAAAGGCUUCGAAAAUGGCUUUGCGACUGAGCUGCCCGAAGCAAAGGACGCCAUUUCGGUCGAGCAAGUCCGUUUCACAAGCCCUCUCAGAGUCGACGAGAAUGGCACCCUACACCAGGUGAAUGAUCCCAGCGAGCGACGCUACACGGGGAACUCCUCCGAGGUUGACCAGGCGUGGGAGGACCUGGUUUUUGGACGAUAUCUUCGACUGCGCGAGUCCGAGGUGAACUGGCUUGACAGUGAUGAGGAAAGCGAUAACCUUGAGGUAAUCCCUGAAGAUGUAUCAGUCAUAACCAAGGCGGGAAUGUACGGAGGUGUCGACAUGCUGUACUCAUUGCAUUGUCUGAACAUGUUGCGGAAGCACCUACACAGCGAUCACAAAAACAUGCAAUACUUUUCGGACGAAGAAGACAGUAUGCAUCUAGACCACUGCAUCGACCAGCUGCGUCAAUCUAUUAUGUGUGCCGGAGACCUUACGCCAGUGACACUACGGCAUGUCUGGAUGGAAAAUCCUCGUCGCUCGGUCCUCCUUGGUGAGACUGAGCGCAUGCAUACAUGCCGGAACUUCGAUGCUAUCCGAGACUGGGCAACGGAGCGGGGGGUUAAGGAGGGGAGAAUCGAGGCAUAG